ACCACCACAUCCUCUCUGAUAACCUCAGACCUGAGCCGAAGGAGGAGCUGGAAGGCACCUUGACCUAUGGACACCCUUCAAGGAGAGGACAAAUCUUAACACCCACCCAUCGCCACCCCUCCACCGCCCGCUUCAUCCUUGUGAACGCUGUCAUUUCUCCCCUUGAUUCAUUCUGCGGACAAGAUAACCAAGAGUGAAGGGGAGGUGUGUGCAGACGAUCCUGCCAGAGGGAGGGAUUGAAGGAGGUUUUGGGGGUGAGAGCGAGGAGGUGUGAGUGGCAGGUGCCGAUGCCAGACUCGCAGAGUGAGAGGGGGGGACGCUGAGGGGGUGGGCACCUGAGGAACUCGGCACGUGCGGCGGCAUUUUGGUAGCCAAGAGAGACGGACGACAGAAAAUACAUUCAUAUACGCGCGCAGCUGGGCAGAUGAGGAGGCAUCAAGGAUCACUGUUCAGUCCUGGCCAUCAAGCAGAGGGCUGAUGGAUCCCCAGAGGACGGACCGUGCAUUGUGCAAGUGACCCUGCCUGCAAUAGGCGAGGAGUCCCAGAACCAGGGCCAUGAUUGGCUCACCUGGCCCUGGUGGGCGUGCCUUAGUGCCAUGGCCGAAGAUGUGGCAGGCGGUCCUGGCUGCUUCGCUGGUUGCCGUCUUAACUUUGACUCUGCCAGGAAGUAGCCAGGCCUGUCCGCCACGCUGCGAGUGCUCGGCUCAGCUGAGGUCGGUGUCGUGUCAGCGGCGGCGGCUCACCAACAUCCCCGAAGGCAUCCCCACUGAGACACAACUCCUGGAUCUCAGCAGGAACCGACUGCGAUGGGUGCAAGCCGGUGAUCUGGCACCGUACCCCCGGCUGGAGGAAGUGGACCUCAGUGAAAACCUCAUCGCCACGUUAGAGCCCAAUUCCUUCGCAAGUCUGCCCAAUCUUAAAGUGCUGAAGUUAAGAAGCAACCAACUGAAGUUAGUGCCCAUGGGGGCCUUCGCCAAACUUGGCAAUCUGACUAGCCUGGACCUGAGUGAGAACAAGAUUGUGAUUCUAUUGGACUACACCUUCCAGGACCUUAAGAGUCUAAAACACCUGGAAGUGGGAGACAAUGAUCUGGUUUAUAUUUCCCACAAGGCAUUCUCAGGGUUGCUGGGACUGGAGGAUCUCACCAUAGCUCGCUGCAACCUGACAUCCAUCUCAGGCCAGACCCUGUCCUACCUGCGCAGCCUGGUCACCCUCCGCCUCUAUCACCUCAGCAUCACGGCUCUUGAGGACCAGAAUUUCAGAAAGCUCUCAAACUUGAGAGGUCUUGACAUCAAUCACUGGCCAUACCUGGAGUACAUUUCACCUCUUAGUUUCCAGGGUCUUGAUCUCCACUGGCUCUCCAUUACAAAUACCAACAUCACCUCUGUCCCCUCUGGUUCUUUCAAAAACAUGGUACAUCUAACCCACCUAAACCUUUCCUACAACCCCAUUACAGCACUGGAGCCUUGGGCAUUCAAAGACUUGCUGAGGUUGAAGGAACUCAUCAUGGUCAGCACAGGGUUGAUGGCAGUGGAGCCCCACGCCCUUGGAGGACUCCGUCAGCUUCGGGUCCUCAACUUCUCAUCAAAUGACCUGCAGACUUUGGAGGAGGGUUCCUUCCACUCUGUUAACAGUCUGGAGACACUCAGAGUGGAUGGGAACCCUCUCAUGUGUGACUGCCGUCUGUUGUGGAUCCUGCAAAGGCGCAAGACCCUCAACUUUGACGGCAGAGUGCCGGUUUGUGCAGGGCCUGUGGAGGUGCAAGGCGUCAGCCUGAGUAGCUUCACUGAUUCUGCACUCUUUGAUCAUUUUACGUGCCAGAAACCUAAAAUUCGCAACCGCAAGCUUCAGCAGGUGACUGCUCGUGAGGGCCAACCCGUGAAUUUCCUCUGCCGUGCCGAAGGAGAACCAGCACCCGCUAUCAUCUGGAUUUCCCCUCAGCGUCGACGGAUCACGACUAAGAGCUCGGGCCGCAUCAUUGUUCUCCCAAGUGGCACCUUGGAGAUCCGCUACGCCCAGCUUACUGACAGCGGAACGUAUAUCUGCAUCGCCAGUAAUGCUGGGGGUAAUGACACCUACUUUGCUACACUCACAGUACGCAGCCAGCCACAAGAUGCUGCCUCAGCCUUUUUCUUCAAUCGCUCACUGUACAGUGGCGAUUUCUUCAAUGACACAAACCUGAACAGCACUCGGGUGUUCCUCAAAUUUACCUUCGACCUGACAACCAUCCUGGUCUCCACAGCAAUGGGUUGCAUCACCUUCCUGGGGGUGGUGCUCUUCUGUUUCUUGCUGUUGUUCGUGUGGAGUCGGGGACGCGGCCAACGUAAGAACAACUUCACAGUGGAGUACUCUUUCCGCAAAUCUGAACCCGCCACCGGUAGCUCUUCAGGAGGGACCAGGAAGUUUAACAUGAAAAUGAUAUGAAACAACGCAGCCAGGGGUCCCUCGGGGGAGGCAUGAGCACGUCUCAAAAACGUGUUUGACACACGCAAACACACACAGCUAUUGAGUCGCACAAAAAUGUUAGAAUAACCAUUAGGCUACUGUCAGUGGCUUCUUUCAACACUGAAUAACUACAUUAAAACAGGAGCCAUGACGUAAUUGGAAUUAAUAUGUAAAAAAAAAAAUAUUCUGUUUAAAAGCAGGCGGCACGGUGGACGACUGGUUAGAGCGUCAGCCUCACAGUUCUGAGGACUGGGGUUCAAUCCCCGGCCCCGUCUGUGUGGAGUUUGCAUGUUCUCCCCGUGCCUGCGUGGGUUUUCUCCGGGCUCUACGGUUUCUUCCCACAUCCCAAAAACAUGCAUGGUAGGUUAAUUGAAAACUCUAAAUUACCCGUAGGUGUGAAUGUGAGUGCAAAUGGUUGUUUGUUUGUUUGUGUCCUGCGAUUGGCUGGCAACCAGUUCAGGGUGCACCCCGCCUCCUGCCCAAUGAUAGCUGGGAUAGGCUCCAGCACACCUGCGACCCUUUUUAGGGUAAUUGGCUCAGAAAAUGGAUGGAUGGAUGUUUAAAAGCAUGCAGUAAGAAGAUACUAAACUGACAGAAAUGGAAGAGCUGUACAUCUUUCACGCUUUAUCUCAAUUACAGAAGUCGUAAAAUUGGCUGAGCUAUGGAAGAAUAGUAGUCUUUUUUCUGGUUUCAUUAAUGGGGGAAUAAAAAGGAACGACUUCUAUGUUAAUUUAAAUUUCCCAUUACUGCUCUUUUGUAGUUGGGUAAUUUAAAAAAGACUUACAUUUAUAGAUAAUUUUUCCCCCUUAAGUAAAGUGUGCCUUAGUAAGAAGCAUGCACUGCAGAUUGAGGCAUACUGUAUGUUGUCUACCCUGACUUCCACAGGGGUUAAAUCCUCUUUCAUGUUACUACUUAUUUAUUGUACAAAAUAAUCUAAGAUUGAUGUAUAUAGACUAUAAAGCGAUAUAAACAACUGAUUGAAGACGCUUUGGAUGAAGAAAAAAAUUAGGAUUUGGUCUUUAUUGGGAUAUUGUGCGACAUUAGCUGUGUGAGUUUGGGACGAGCACACUGGCCCAGAGUUGCCAUGGUGUCCCGUGUCCAUGUAGUUUGGCUUAAAGUCAAGCCUGCUGAACACAGAACACAAUGGCAACCAACACAACCAAUGCAAGAGAGAACACUGGGACUGGGUUGUUUGCCGCGAGAGAGUUUCUGAGUCAAGUAGAAAGGAUGGACGAGGUCAUCUUCCUCCUCUCCGCAGCAUUAAAAGCCAAACCCGUGACCUGCAAUCGACAGGAAAGCGGUGACCUUUUGUCCCAGCUCUCUGCUGCCUUGGUGGACAUCUGACCUUCCAAGCGCUGCCCGGGGGGAGCAGCCUGGAUGGUUGGCACCUAUACUCAGAGGCAGACAGAGGACACGAAGCAGUCUAACACACUGACACAUGCAGACUCAUCCUCACACAAGUCAUGAGUGCACCUUUCAGCACAUGGACAGUAGAUGUUCUCUCAGGAAAAAAACAUUACCAGAGUAUCCCUGGGGGAAAGCCGAAACUAACCCACAAAAAUUGUGAUUUGAAAAAUGAGGCCAAGAUAAAUCAUUUAAAAACUUUUUUCUGCCAUUAAUGUGACCUAUAACCGUUACAACUCAAUUGAAAAAAAUUAGAAAGGGCAAGUAAGAACAAAAAUGGUCAGGGAGACUGCCACGUGGCGAACAGCAGUAUUGUAGGUGCUGCAGGGAUUUCUAACGAGUAAUUGCUGUUUAUUACACGUGACAAGUAUCUCCUGUCUUUUUUCACUUGUCUAGGCUACGGGCUAGGCGUGGCAAGAUCUUUGGCCAUAUCUUACAAAGAAAAGAAAAAAAACACUUGAAAUCUCCCAAACACAUGGAGGGAAAUGUGUUAUUCUCCAAUGAAACCAAGGUGAAACCUUUAUACCAUAAUUCCAGAAGAUAUUUUUGACACUGCUCAACACCCACUCAACAUGAAUGUGAUAGGUUAAUUCUGAACACAGCCACAUGUCCGGUUGUCAGAAGGUGUGUGCAACCACAGUAUCUCAGUUGUUUAUUUUUUGUUCGCCUUUCUAAAAGAUUUCACUUUUUUUAGUUGUACAGAUUGUAGGUCACAUACAAGGUGGGAAAGGUUUUGGAAUGUUUUCUAAAACCUGAAAUUUGAAAAGAGGUGUGAAGACUUUUUAUAUCCACUGUAAGAGGUACACAACUACACCACAAAACUCUGACUGCUCUUUGUCUGUCUCUGUGAUGGCCCAUGUGUAAAUGUCUCUGCCUCCCCUAGCCCAGUGCAUCCCCCCUACUCGCCCCACCUCCCCCAAACACCCCCACUGGGUCCUCCUUCGGGAGGGGUCCCUGGCUGGAGACUGCGGAUACAAAUGUAAAUGAAGUAGAGUAACCCUACCCACAACAUCUGCAUUGUGCAAUGGAGAGUCGUACUGUGGUUUUGCAAGCAGCUUUUCUCGGAGCUGCCCUGUUGUUUCUUUCUGUUGUUCGUCCUCCAGUUUUUUAUUUCCUCGUCUCUCGUCAUCUGUGACACUCGCUGUGAACCCUUUUAAAUCUCCCGCUGCUCCAUGUGGGCCUGUUCUGUUCUCAACACGUAUGCAAGAUCCCUUAAAAAGAGUGUGCACACUUCAGUGUGAAUAUUCUAUGAAAUUGGCCUGAACAAUUUUAAAAUCCAUUUUUUUUAUAUAUACUGCUUAUCCUGUUGAGGAUGGCAGGGGGCAGGAGCCUCUCACAGCUAACUUCGGGUAAAAGGAAGACUAUGCCCUUGACUGUUUGCCAGUCAAUCACAGGCCUAAUUAAGCCAUAUUAGACAAUACUAAAGUAUUUCUGAUUAUUGAAUAUUGUGGAAGAGAUGUUACAUUAUAAAACUGUAAAUGACUCCUCCAGUAAGCUUUUGAGUUUCGUAAUUCUACUUUAAAGGCGAAGUUUGCAGUGUUAAAACUGCUAGCAAGAUUUAAAUGUACACUGCCCUCACUUCACUAAUCACUCACCCCCUCGAGUCUCUGACCAAAGCCUCGCACGACACUAAUGUGCACGAGCGCGACUCUCAAACAUGGCCAUUCAUAAUGGCAGGCGAUUAUGAAACUGCAUAGUUGUAAUACAAACUCUUUCAAAAAAAAAAAAGUUUAUUUAUUUCCAUAAUUCCAUUUUAAAAAAUCAACUUUCAUUGAUUAUAGAUUCAGGGCACGCAAUUUAAACAAUUUCAAGUAUUUAUUUGUUCAUUUUUACAUCAUUUGGUCUUCAAGCUCAUAAAACCCACAAAAUCAGGAAUUCAAAACAUUUACGGAAAAUAAAUCACCAUUUACUUCUCAGUUUUUGUAGAAAAAAAAGAAAGAAAUUAGGGUCACAUUAAAUCAAUCAAAAUAUGGCACUUUCGAAACGUUUCAUAAUAUAUGAAAGUUUAACUUUUAUGGCACGUUUAACUUAAUAUGGCACUUUCGAAACGGUUCAUAAUAUAUGAAAGUUUAACUUUUUGAAUGGAAUUAUGGAAAUAAAUAAUAUUUUCCAUGAUAUUCAAAUUUUUUGGAAAGGGUCUGUAACUAGUCGCAGACAACGCAUAUCCAGCAUCAACAAAAUAGCAGCGGUUGCAAUACUUGGCUAGCAUCAGCACUGUUAACAAGCCCACGUUGGCUGCUACGUUGGUAGCAUGACUUUUUUGUAAUGCAGUCUUAGUAGAACACUAAAUGUUGCUUGGAGGCUUUUUGGGGGGGAAUGUACAAUCAAUUAAAAAAUCUAACAGAGAUAAUCACCUUAUCUGUCGAGCAGAAAUGUUGCGUCGCUUCUGAAUACUCUGAGCUGCCUGAGUUCCCUUCCCUCUGCUUCUGUUUGCUGCUUGUAUGCCCAGUUAUAAGCAAACGGGCAAUUGACAUGUUUCUGUUUUCCGGAGGUGGAUAUGUUCUGCCAUGGUUUCAGCGAGCUCCUGAAGCACGAGGUAACAAGUCAGCGUGAGUGCACAACAUUUGAUUGACACCUCGUCAGUCACACCUUCUGUCUCUGAUUGGCUGUUUUUCCUCAGGCACAGUGGUUUCUUGCAAAUCAAAUUUGAGGCACAAAAUGGGGCCAGAAUUGGCAGGGUUCUUUUCACACCUCAUUUUACUCGUGUACUACUGUUAGGUCAUACUGACACUUUUAAUUAAUAUGAUCAAAAGUUUUUUUUCAUAAUUAUUAUUAUGAUUGCAAACUCCCCUUUUAACAUGGGAUUAAAUCAAUUACAAAUGCACCCCUCGAAUUUGUGGCUUUCACCCAAGUGUUCUCUUUAUAACUUAUGCCCUCCUCCAAGUGCAUAAUUUGAUUCUUUAAUCUAGUUAUUAUUCAACACUUACCUGGACUGAAAAUAGAUAUUGCAAAUCAUAGUUAGACACUUUAGCUUUAGCAAAGAAAUUUAUUUCAUUUUAUUGCACUUUCUGUUCUCCACAAUACACAAUAAUAUAAACAUAUCUAUCUCUUGGCUAUUUACAAGUUGUCAUACACUGUCAAUUAUGCUCAAAAUUAUUAUGCUCAAAUUAAUAACAAAGUCCUGAGAAUAACACCAAUGAAUGAGAAAAGAUUAACUUUUUGGAACCAUUUUCCAUCCCACGAUGUUAAGAACAGAACUCCCCCAUCAUGGUUGUUUCCUCUCCCUCAGUGAAGCCACUUGUGUUUCCAUUCAUCUGUAUUCCCCAGUGGAAAUUAGGUUUAGAAGACAUCAGGAAUGUCCGUAGUGAUCUGCGAUGGUGUUAUUGUGUGCACACAAUAGUUACAGUAGUUAAGGGUGCAUUUUAUUGUUAUCUUCCUGCUCUGUCCUCUCCUCUUUGCCAUCCUCCUCCCUCUGGACAUUUUGGCACCCUCCUUGUUGGCACCCUUCUUCUCCAGUUCACAGUAUUAAGAUGGAAUGUGGUUGUGUGGUAGUAGACACGUGUUCUGUGUGGUUGUUGAGUCAAGUGUCGUCGUGUUAGGAACGGUGGCUCUUUGGGAUGCCAUCAAAGGUGUUGUUAGAUGGGUGAAGUUUUUAUUUUUUUGAAAUGGAAGGGGUGACCCAGGUUCCCUAAAACAAAACACACACAAAAACAACAACAAAUAAUUCCUGCCCUCUCCUACAAAAAUAUCACUUGGGGUUUCCUGCUCUGCACUGAGAUAUUUCUCUGGCUGUGAAACCCACAGCGUAUGUAUAUGUUUCAUUGGACAUUGACAUUUUAGUCAAGGUUGCAAAGCACUUGUACCCACUCUUCAGCUUCAUUUGGCUGCACCUGCUUGCAAAGCCUUUUAAUCGGCACUUUCCAAGCAUUCCCUCCGUAACUAUCGAGUAGCUUUCAAGACAAAGUCAUCACCUCAGUCUAUCGCUCGAUUCAUCUCCUUUGUUGUGAUUUUCCAGAAAGUAGGCUGAGCAAUACCCCCACCCCCAUUUCCCUCCUCCUGCUUGCCCUUGCCUGAGGUUAGUUUAUCGUUGUCGAGACGCUCCAUUUACAGCAGCAGCAGUCUCACUGUUAGGAUAUGUGCCAAUAGGGAACGCUUCAAAAAUGCAGACCAGAAUAAGACCAAAAAAAAUGCAGACCAGACACACACGUACACACGAAAACUUGGCACUUGUAUCUGUUAAACCUGAAUUAUGUUGGUUAUCCUGCUUUUAACACUCAAUUCAUAUCAAUUACAAUAAUCUGCAUUUAAAAUACUCUGGUGCUGCAUAUAAGAGAUUACCACCACCUUUGAGACUGUGACUUUAAGGCCUCGGCCUUCUGUCGUUCCAACUUCUACCGCCUCUAAAUGAAUGCAUUUCCCACUCCAGCUCCCACAGCUGCUAUUUUGAUUGGAUUAGACUUGAGUUGCAUUACCAUGGCUGAAGGGAGCAUUAAUAGGAUGACGGGGAAGCCAGUUUGGCUGAUUUGGUGAUUACUUAACCUAUUAGUCACAUUUCCAAAACAGACCUCUCAGAGCUGGGUGCUGGAGAAAUAGUGGUGGACAUUAUGUACACAGAAAUACGACCCAUAGUGUAAAUAGACAGCUGAUGCAAAUGAAUGUAAUUGUUAACAGAUAUUCAAAUUUGUGAGGCUAAGCUCUGAUGACUGAACCUUGUCCACACCAUUUCCAAUUCCCAUUCUACUGUGGCAGUACAGUACUGUGCUAACCCCAAGUGGUCAUUGAGAGUAACAGCAAGAGUAUGGGAUGCUGCUACGGUACUGGGAGAUAACAGCUUUUGGUUUCUAGGUAACAAAUAAUUAUAAGGAGACAAAAAUGUAUUGUUGUAAUCAUCAUCCUGUCAUCCCGCAAAUGUUUUUCAUAUAAGCCUCCGCCAACUCAAAAUCAACUGUUCUUUUUCCCCAUAGUCCUCACUUCCUACAAUACAAUUUCUAACAGCUGUGAAGAGAAAAACAACUUGUUUUCAAAUCUAUGCAUUGUUUUUUUCUAUAGUCAUCAGUCUCUUGCCAAACAGUUAUCUGCAUCUGGUGGGGACCCAUGGGUGUCAAUGUUGCUGGCCAUAGGACUGACUAUGCACAGUGGAUAUAAAACGUCUACACAGCACUGUUCAAAUGCUAGGUUUCUGUGAUAUAAAAAAAUUAGACUAGGAUGAAUAAUUUCAAAACUCUUUCCACUAUUUGUGACCAAUAAACUGUGCGACUCAAUUAAAAAAUGUAUUUUCAAAAGGGGAAAUAAGUUUUUUAAGAAGUCUUUUUUUGUUUUCUGAUUGUGGGUGGAGGGGACCAAGCCCACCCUUCUUUAGUGUGCAGGCACAGCAACUCCAGACACCAGUUGACUAACAUGCAUGAGAUUUGUUUCUUCACUAUUUAAUUUUCAAAGAUACGCUAUAGGAUUGAAUUGCUUGUACUUGGACCACUAAUGAUGACACCGCUUGUAUUAAGAUAUCAAUUCCUCGGUUCUUACAUGUAUUACGACACUAUAUAAGUACAACAUCAGUAGCACUGCCAUGCUGAUUUCCCCCCACAGUGUCCUACCCUGUCCUUUUCUGUCCUCUCUCGUCCUGUCUUAUUGGUAAGUAGUUGCAUCCCUUCCUCACAGGGUGUCCCCUCUGUUCACAAAUACGCACAUGACUCCUUUGUAACGUUACUUGUAGUCAUGUAUCUAGAUUGUUCAGUUGUGGUUUGUUUCCCUAUACCCCUUGUCUGUUCUGUCCUUUUGUCUGUCCCGUCAAACCCUUUUCUGUCCGACUGCAUUUUCAAUAUACAUCGCAAUAUGAAAAACACACACACACAAAUACAUAGGACAUAUUUCAAACUCCCCUGUUACACAGCCAAACUGUUCCAGCAUAAAAGGCAUACAAAUCCACCAUUCUGAAUGAUCAUGCAGCUGAUCAGGACAGGUUAAAAAAAAAUUAUAUAUAUAUAUAUAUAUAUAUAUAUAUAUAUAUAUAUAUAUAUAUAUAGGUAGGUAGAUAAAAGUUUUACUGGUUAUAGGUCACAUGGUGGGAAAAAAAUCAGAAAUUAUUUAUCUUGGUCUCAUUUUUUUUUUAUAUCACUAAAACCUGUCAUUUGAACAUGGGUGUGUAGACUUUUUAUAUGCACUGAGGUCAGACUAUUCAAAUAUUACUAUUUGCGUGGGAUGGCAGUAGGCUUACUAUCUUAACAAUGUUCUCAGAGGUGUACAACUGUAGAUAAGUAAUUGGUAUUCCAAGCAGGAUGGUGGGACUGAUCAAUGCUGUGUGAAGACCAGAUUAUCAAUGGUAUACUUUCAUUGAUUUAACUUGAACCUUGUCACUGGAACAAUUUCUCUGAAGGAGUGGGAGUUGUAAAGAGACCUGACACUCAUUCGUAGGUUCAGACAUUACCUAUGAAAAUGAAUUAAUCACAAGCUGGAGUUUCUUAGUAUUCCCUGUUGAAGGACAUUAUAUACUGAUGGCAUUCUGCAUUUGUUGGAAUGCUAAAAUUUUAAAAAAAUUAAAUUACAGUUAUAUCACAUUUUGUCCGGGUUCUCCUCAUGUCAUUUAAUUCUGCAGAAUGGUCUCUCCUUUUUUUUUUUUUUUUUUUUUUUGGCAGAUAACUCACCUUUGCACCUCUUUCAUACGGUUCUUACUUCCCGGAAAUACCUUCAUGCAGAUCUGAUGUAAAGACAAACAUGCUGGCUCAAAAUGGCAAAUUAUUAAAGCAUACAAAGGAGACUGUUAUUAACCAUAUAUGUGGAUUCUCUGAGCAGCCAGCUGUAUAAUAAAAAAAAAAUCUUUGUAUGAUUUUGAUGACCUAUGUAAAUCCUUGGGUGUGAAGAUUGUACAGAGUAGAUUUGUUAGCCAUAAUGGUGUCAUCAAAUCUGUAGACUUUGUUGCCAUGUCUGACAGGAAAAUGACUUGACUGUAAAUAGUGUAGGUAUAGUGAAAUAGGGUAUACUGUAGUAUUAUAGAACUUACUGUAAUUAGUGCUUCUUUUCUCCUGGGAUCACGCAUGUUUUGCUUAGUCCCAUGCCUGGUCGGUCUCAUUGGGAAGGAAAACACAAUAAUGUAUACUUGCCAACAGAAAUAAGAAUACUUUUUUUUAAAUUGCAUCAUGUUUUAUAUACUGUCUGUCUUGUAAAGUACAGGUAUGUUAUU